GAGGAUGUGUAAAGCACUGCAUUCCAGGACUAUCUACCCAAAGGAAGAAGAUUUGCCCCUUAGCUUCUGUAUCUCAUUGGUAAAAGCUUUACUCCGUGGUACCUUCACUCCCCAGAACUCUCAGAUCGUGCAUGUGUGGGCAUCAGCCUCUAUUGCAAUUACGUUGGGGCCAUGUGACAAGUUCUGUCUACUUCUGACCUAAGGCAGAUGUGACCUGACGUGACUCCAGCUCUCUUUACCCCUGCUGCGAUGACUUUGGAGGUCACAUGUACUACAUGACACAGCUGUGAGAGGGACAAGGCCACCAGAUUGCCUUAGAUAAUAAGUCAACCAGAAUCAACAUGUCUGGGACUGAGGAAGGAAUUCUUGGAGGCCGUGACAGCUUUCCUUCUUCUGCCGGUAGCAACUCUGUGUUAUGCUUUGGACAGUACCAAUACACAGCAGAAGAGUACCAGGCCAUCCAGAAUGCUCUGAGGCAGAGGCUCGGCCCAGAAUAUAUAAGUAGCCGCAUGGCUGGAGGAGGCCAAAAGGUGUGUUACAUUGAGGGUCACCGGGUAAUUAAUCUGGCCAAUGAGAUGUUUGGGUACAAUGGCUGGGCCCACUCCAUCACACAGCAGAAUGUCGAUUUUGUUGAUCUUAACAACGGCAAGUUCUACGUGGGAGUCUGUGCGUUUGUGAGAGUCCAGUUGAAGGAUGGUUCAUAUCAUGAAGAUGUGGGCUAUGGUGUGAGUGAGGGCCUCAAGUCAAAAGCCUUGUCUUUGGAGAAGGCCAGGAAGGAGGCAGUGACAGAUGGGCUGAAGCGGGCACUGAGAAGCUUUGGCAAUGCACUUGGAAAUUGUAUUCUGGACAAAGACUAUCUGAGGUCACUAAAUAAGCUUCCACGCCAGUUGCCUCUUGAAGUGGAUUUAACUAAUGCAAAGAGACAAGAUUUUGAACCAUCUGUGGAACAAGCAAGAUACAGCAGUUGCCGACAGAACAUGGCUCUGGGACCCCCAAAACCACCGGAGAUGACCUCCCCUUGCCGACAAAGCCACUCAGACAAUCCCCACAUUGUGAUGCAGGGAGACAGGGACAGCAGCCCCCGAAGCCUGGUGUCCUCUGCUAUGGGGAGGGAUGCUACCUACCAGCGGAAGCUCCGGCAAAAGCAGUUGCAGCAGCAGUUCCGGGAACAAAUGGAGAAACAGCAGCAAGUUCAACUAUCUGCUCCAUCCAUUGAAAAGAAGAAUCAGGCAGAGCCACCAGCGCCUCCUUUGAAGCAUGGCACUUCCAAAGCUGAGGGUGCAGAACCACUCAUUGAGAGCGACUUCCCUGAAGACAGUUUUGAAAUAUGGGCUAUGGCUGCAGAUACAGGGGACAGUGUUGUCAAGCCCUUAUCGAGACCAGAACCCCACCAGACUGCUGCCACACCAGUCCUGAACCAGAUGGUGACCCAGAACAGGACACCACAAAGCCUCUGCCACCAGAAUCCACAAGCAAAAUCUGACCUUUGGCACCUUCAGACUCCCAACAUUAACAUAACAGGCAGCUGUGAUUCCUAUAGGAAGAACCAGGACACGAAAAAAAGGAAGUUGGAUCCAUCUUAAAGAAAACUCAGGUCACUGGACUGUCAGAGAAAACUGCUUUUUGGCCAUGGAAUUAUUCAUCAUUUCUUGGGGAUGAGCUUUAUUUCCAAGGAUUCACUUGCUUCAUUUUGAACUUUUCCAAAGGAUUUGACUAUUAGAACCUACUGCGGAUAAAGCUGAGCAGAUGGAAAAGAAUUACUUUAAAAAAGCUUGUCAUACACUGCAGUAGGCUUUGGGGAGAUGAAAUACCCUUUCUAAGGCUUUUGAGGCUCUUUUUAUUCCUAACUAUUGUUAAUAAAUGUGUAACUUUUAGGAAUCACCAGUGGCUACAAGUAGUAUAACCAACUUUUCUUUUAAAUUUUAUUUCUUACUGUGUUCUCACACUUUUCCCAUUACCAAUUAGCCCCCAUAUCCUCUUUUAAACAACUACUUACAUUAAACUAUUGUGAGUGAUCUCUGCCUUCUUUCAGAACCUUAGGGCACCAAGUUCUAAUAUUACCCACACAAGGACUGUGCAUCAUGCUCAGAACAAAGCCCACAGUGGGGUUUCACUGCUGUGCAUCAAUCCAGCCUGUCAUCCUCAUCUGUGACCAUGCCCUUGUUUAAUUAAGAAAACAAUGAUCUAAGGCCUAAAAAAGAUUUCAAGAGCACAAAAUAAAUCCAUUACUUUGUAACAAAA